AUGUCAGGGACUCCAGCUGCAUUUCAGCACUUGUUUCGUUUUGGUUUUGUUAUGGAUUUGGAAGUGCAACCACAACUACAAUUGACCCCGCAUGCAAUCUUGUGCAUCAAUGCUGGGGAUGAUGUCCCCUCUCCAGUACUUCAGCUUUUGUCUUUUGAAAAAUUGACAGCCGAAGAAGAUGACAGUGCCCGAUAUAGGGUUGUUUUGUCUGAUGCCACGCACAUGCAAUUGGUGAUCCUCCCGCCUAAGUACAGUGAUUUGUUGCUUUCAGAGACAUUAAAGAUAGGCUCUAUCCUAUCACUGACAGCUUAUGCUUGUAGAAAUAUUUGGAACUCGAGGACUAUAGUAAUAUUCAGCCUUGCUGUCAAAUUUACAAAUUCUCCAUUGCUUGGAAAACCUAGAUAUCUGUUUAAAGAGCAAGAACAACAAAUGUUGGGUCGGGACACACCUACCACAACCAAACAUUCCCUUAAAUUUGGAAUACACCUCCCACCUGUGCAGCAUGAAUCUUCUGUUAAUAUCAGCUCGAUUAAAGCCUUGAACCCCUAUCAAAAUAAGUGGACGAUUAAGGGGCGUGUAACAAACAAGAGGAAGAUGCAUCAAUAUAGUACACCAAAGUCCACUGGCCAAGUGUUUAAUUUUGACAUGAUAGAUGAUGAAGGUACUGAAAUUAGAAUAACUUGCUUUGGCGAUGUAGCAGAGAUGCAUUAUCAUGGGGUUGAAGCAGGAACAUAUUAUACUGUAUCAAAAGGUUGCAUUAAAGAAGCUAACACAAAAUGGAACAAGCUUAACAGUCAUCUUGAGAUAACUUUGGACAUCAAUUCAGUAUUGAAGCGUUGUGAUGCUGUUGUUGAUAGUCAAGGAAAUAAUUUGCGAUUCACAUCGAUUAAUGAAAUUACAUACUGCACCAACAACACUUUAGUUGAUGUUAUUGGUAUUGUAGUUGUUGUUGGAGAACCCUCAUUAAUUUGCAGAAAAGAUGGCAGCGAAGUAACAAAGAGAAUUGUCAAAAUAAAUGAUGUCUCAACUUUACUAUCGAUGUUAACUUAUGGGGAGCAACAUGGCAAGGGGUAG